AUGGUUCACUCUAAAGCAAACGCGAAGAGUGACCAGAGGCGCAAGGGGUCCAAGCAAAAGCCGUUCAACAACGUCCGGACCAGAGUUGGGUCCUGCAAAGAGAGAGUCGCUGAUGUGUACAUCCGUUUCACGACAUACCGAAAAUGGCGAUUUGAAAGAUAUGACCAUAAGGUCGUGAAAUGGAGGGGUUUUAAGCUAAUAGGGAAGUACGAAAACAUCAAGAGUAUUCAAGAAGUAGCCAGAGUGGCUCAGGAAUACAUAAAAAGGAAACUAGCGACAACAGAUCUCGAAGAAGAAAUAUAA